AUGAGCGAGGACCUGUCCCCCGCGGUAGCUGCUGGAUCAGGUAGUAUGACCCUCGAGAGCAUAAGAAAGGAUCAAUUUGAAGCCUCAAGCCACCUGGAGGAUGUCUCCAUUGCGACUUCGGACAUGCAAGCACCAGAGGCACCGAUCAACUGGCCCACGUGGAAACGAAAUGCUCAAAUCCUGAUGGUGGCCAUCCACUCGAUGGUAUCCGUUUUCAUGGCCGCCGGGAUCAUUCCUGGAUAUGAAGCAAUGGCGGAGGAGUACAAAAUCACGGUACCUCAGGCUACCUAUUUAACGUCUGUCCAGAUUCUCAUCUUGGGAAUUGCCCCAUUCUUCUGGAUUCCUAUAACGAUGCGGUAUGGCCGUUACCACAUCUUCAUGUUCUCGGUGCUCGGCACCAUGGUGUGCAACAUCGGAGGCGUGUUCUGCAAAACGUUUGGCACGCAGAUGGCUACUCGUGCCAUUGCAGCCUGGCUCAUAUCGCCUCCCCUCGGCAUUGGCAGCGGUGUGGUGACAGAGCUGUGCUACCCGGAAGAGCGCGCUCGGAAGUUGGGAUGGUGGACUUUGCUGAUCACUAUCGGAAUCCCGGGCGGUGCAUUCAUAAAUGGCUUUGUUGUGCAGCACCUAGGAGUAGCCUGGAUAUUCUGGAUAUUUGCAAUUAUCAACGGGCUUCAACUCGUUGCCUACGUCCUGCUUGGUGACGAGACUCUGUAUGUCAAGGAAGUCUAUGUCUCUCAGAAGCCCAGCAAUAGCUGGAGUCGACUCAUCCCUUGUCGGCUCGACCCUCGCCCCUUCGAGCUGCAAAACUUUAUCGCCCCUCUUUUUCUGGGGAGAUACCCUCGUAUCCUGAUUCCGGGGAUUGCAUAUGGCGUCGCGUUUGCCUACGCUAACAUCGCCAUUAUCGUUGAGACGCCAUUGAUAUUCGGCGAGAAAUUCCAUUUCAACGCCCAGCAGAUAGGUUACCAGUUCGUCUCCAUCAUCAUCGGCUCCGUUAUUGGCGAACAAGUUAGUGGACCAAUGUCAGAUUGGUUCCUACGGUUCCUACAGCGUCGCAAGGGCCAUACCAUCCCCGCGGAUCGUUUGUGGCUGUCAUAUAUCGGAUAUGGCACUGUAUUCGCCGGUCUGCUUGUAUGGGGCUUCCAGUUGGAAAAGGCAACCACUUGGAACGUUACACCAUGCAUCGGCAUGGCUAUCGCUGCUUUUGGAAACCAGAUUCUCACUACCAUCCUCAUAUCCUUCGCAGUCGAUAGCCACAAGGAACAUUCUGCCAGCAUCGGUGUUUUCAUUAACCUCUGUCGUCAGAUCUAUGGAUUCUGCGGACCAUUUUACUUCCCUGAUAUGUAUGCCAAACUAGGGCUAAGCGGCGCUGCUGGUGUGAUGUGUGGUAUCAUCACAGUGGUGUCUCUAACCCCAGUUCUUUUAAUUCAGUUAAUCGACACACGGAGACAGCCCCGGCAAUAUUAA